ACUACGCGCAAUGUCCGAAGUGAGCGCUACGUUACUAUUUGAAAAGGCCUAUGGAGUCCAUCGCCUAUCUGGGUUUUAUAUUUUGUAAAUUUCUGCUCACGAAGCAGAACAACAUACUUUGGUUAUGUUGCACCUGAGUACUGUGGCUGUUACAGUAUUUUUACUUGUGACUGCUACCAGACAAGAUGAUGACAUUGGUUACUUUUGGCAUUUAAGUGAUAUCCACUGUGAUUUAAAAUAUAUAAAUAAAUCAUGUAAUCUUCCAUAUGGUAAUUAUUCUUGUGAUUCUCCACUCAAACUUGCUUUAAAUGCAAUCAAUGCAACUAGAAUGUUAUUUGCUAAAACACCGGAUUUUGUUAUUUGGAGCGGUGAUAAUGGGCCACACGAUGACAGUUUGACAUCCGAUCAACUUUUGGAUGGCAUCCGGUUAAUAAGUAAAGCGUUGAAACAAUCAUUUCCAGUGGAUGAAGUUUACAUUCUACCUGUAUUAGGUAAUCAUGAUGUUGUGCCUGCAAAUACUAUGGAAAUUACACCACAAAGUCGUUCACGUUUUGACUUGUGUCACAAACUUGGUAAUGAUGUAGAUUUAUGGGGUGAAUGGAUUAAUCAUCGACAAAAGAAACAUUCAUCAUCAUCAUCACGUCCCUCUUCUUCUUCCUUCUUCUCAUCAGAAAAUUCAUUCGACUUUCCAAUGGCUAAUUUCUCACAAACUUGUUUCUUCUCACAUUAUCUUGUAUAUAAUACUGCUUCCAACAAUCAUUUUAAUACUGAUAAAAACAAUCAUAACUCUGAAAUUGCUCAUCAACCUAAUUUACUUCUAAUCAGUUUAAAUGGUCUAAUCUGGUAUCAAGGGAAUAUAUUAGCUGGUACUAAUGAUCCAGAUCCAUUGGGUCAAUUAAAUUGGCUUCGAAAAACAUUUGAAUGGGCAAGAAAACGAAAAGAUAAAGUUUUACUUGUUAGUCAUUUCCCUCCGGGUGCUUCAGAAAAUGCUCCACAAUGGUAUCAAUUUCUUCGUCCAGAAAUCAAUGAUCAAUUUGUGAAUAUAUUAAUUGAUAAUGCAGAUUUAUUAAUGACUGGAUUAUUCGCUCAUGAACAUGUGGAUAGUUUUCGAUUAUUAGUAUCUAAAUCAAAUGUACCAUUAGCAUCUUUAUUUCUUAUGCCUUCCAUUUCUCCAUUAAUGUUACAUGGAUUAGGUGAUUUUAAUCCACGUAUUCGAUUAUAUCGAUUUAAACGUUCCACAAUGACUCUAUUAGGUUAUUCACAAUAUUAUUUUAAUUUACAAAAUCAAUUAUUCAAUUCUGAUCCAUUCAAUUAUUGGCAAUUAGAAUAUGAUACAAUGGAUACAUAUCAUUUAACUGAUUUAUCUGCAAAUUCAUUCAAUCUAUUAUGGUAUAAUUUCUCUAAAGAAGAUAAUCAUUAUUGGUCAAAAUAUUGGAAUUAUGAAUUAGGCGGUCGACCACAUGUAUUCAAACCAAAUUAUCUUACAGAGAAUGGUCUUUGUCCACGAGCUAAAUCCCAAUGUCGAUGUGAUCAUUUAUGUGCUAUACGAUUUUUGAUUAUAUCCGAUUUAACUAAUUGUCUUCAAUUAUGUAAAGAUAUAAAAUAUAUUCAAGACAAUGAAUUAGCUGACAAUGGUGGUGAUAAUAGUCUUCAACAUCCAAUGUUUGCUGAUGGUGUGGUUGCUCCUGAUUAUCCUAAUAAAAAUAGCACCUAUUUAAAUCAUUCAAUUAACAAUCAAACAAGUAUUACAAAUUCUAAUGAACGUAGUAGUCUACCAUAUAUUAUUGGUGUGAUUGUUGCCUUUUUAGUGGUAUUAGUCGGUAUUGUUUUAAUUGUUAAUCGUGAAGUAUGUAAUCGACAUAGAGUUUAUCAUCAGCGUACAUCAUUACUGGCCAGUGUAAUCGGUAUCAAUGGAACUAAUCCUGGAAGUAUCGGUGGGAAUGGUCUAUUUUUAAAUACAAUCAAUGGUGCAUUACCCAGCUCUUCAUUUCUUCAUGGAUCAUGUUCAGUUGCUAAAGAUAACGAUCAUUGUACCGGUGGUUCGUGUAUUGAAUUGCGUACAGCUUUUCAUCCAUCCUAUGAUGAUUUCUAUUCGGAAUAUCUUAAUAAAUCUGUCACAUCUUUAAAUGCAAUCACAUUCUCCAACGGUACUACUACUACUACUAAUAAUAAUAAUAAUCAUAAAGAAUCAGAUCGAAUGAUGAAUCAAUACAAUGUAGAGAAUUCCUUUACUCCAUUGGAGCAUAAUGAUACAAUCCUGUCACCAUCUCAUAUGAUUUCCUACUAUGAAAAUCCUAGUGAUAAUAGUAGUAAUAAUAAUAAUAAUAACCAAAGCAUAAAACAAAAGUAUAUUAGUAAACGAUAUUCCCUACCGAAUUAUGCUUAUUUUAAAAAAUAUCUAUCUAGUCAUAUUAAUCCAACUGGUCGAAUGGUGUAUGUAGUGAAUCAACUAUUUGAUCGUUGUGGGCACACUAGUAGUCGGGUAAGUCAUAUACACAAUAAUGAUACUGUUAAUAAUAAUAAUAAUAGUAAUAAUAUGAAUGUAAACACUACUAAUACUAACAUUGGUAAUUGUAAUAAUACUGAACAAUAUGUGUUGAAUAAAAUCUCAUCAACUGAUGAGAAAAGUUAUACAACAUCUGAAAGAUCAUCCAAUAGUCAACAUACACAAUCACAAAACAUUUAUCAUCAUUAUCGUCAAAACAACAGUUGCCUUCCUGAAGAUUAUUAUGCUGAUGAUGAAGCGUUCGGUGAUGAAGACUAUAAUGAUCUUCAUCAUAAUACUCAUGUUUAUUAUCAUUCACAGAAAGAUCAGAACAACAAAACAAAUAAUAUCUGUACUGAUACAGUUGCUGAUAGGGAUAAUCAUCAAGAUCAAAGAGAAUUAUCAAUAUUAUCACAAACUGGUUAUCAUCAAUUAACUAGUAAUAAAAAGCCUAAAUUGAAUCAAAUAAAAAAACAAUUCAGUUCUCAUCGAAGUCAUCAUUAUCAUCAUCCUCCUCCUCCUCCUCAUCAUCAUCAUCAUCAUCAUGAACAACAUCAACAUGAUGAUGAUGAUGAUGUUCAUCGUAAAAGUAGUACCAAUGAUGAAGAUCAUGAUUCAAUGAAUGAUCAUCUUUUUCAUUAUGAUCAAGAAUCAAAACUUCUUAAUAAUAAUAAUAAUAAUCAUAAUAAUGUUCAUAUUGGUAGAAGAAAAUAUUUCAAAGAUCAUAAAUUCACAUUUUGUCGUACAAAAUCAACUAAUCCAAAUGAUUCAUUCAAUAAACAUCAUGUUAUCAAUCAUUCAUCAUUUUCAUCAUCUUAUUCUUCACCUUUAAAAUCAUCUCAUUCUAUAGUACAUAGUCAAUCAUUAAUUCUAAAUGAAAUGAAUCCUAAUACUACUAAAGACAAUACUACUUUAUGUAGUAUUAGUAGUAGUGGUAGAAAACAUAAAUCUAAACAUAAUCUACAUAAUAUAUCAACAUCUUCAUUGACAUGUUUACCAAAUGAAUUAGAUAUUCAUUUAAACAAUAAAAUGAAAAUGAUUCAACAACAAAAUUUUGAUCAUCAUCAUCAUCAUCAUCAUCAUGAUCUAUAUCAACAGUCACAUUCAAGUUAUACAUCACCGUCUAAAUAUCGACCACAAUUUUCAUUAUCAUCAAUACCAUUAUCGAGAACACCAAAACAUAAUCACGAUCAUGAUCGCGUUCAUGAUCAUCAUGAUCAUCACUUGUAUCCGGAUCAACAUACUCUUAUUUCAUUUUCAUUACCAAAUCAAACGGAUCAAAAAUUAUCAUUGAAUUUAGAUCAUUUAAAUAGAAAUAAUGAUGGAUUACAACAUGAUGAUAUGAAUGAUAGAAAUUAUUUAAGUAGUAAUAAUAAUAAUAAUAACAUUAUCUCUUUGAAGAAUUUCCCCUCAACUACAAAAAAUGUAUCCAUUGUAAAUAUACCUAAAUGUGAUUAUGUUCGAUUGUCUAGUUAAUUAUUGUUUUUUGGCCUAUUGUAUUUGUUUAUCUAUGUAAAUAUAAUUUAUCUUUUAUUGUUUCUCACUCUGUUCACCCCCACCCCUUUCUAUCUCUCCCUCUUGUUCUCGUUCUCGGUCUCAUUCUCCCUUUCUUUGAAUAUUAAUAUGAUAUAUUGAUGAGUCAUUUGAAGAAGAAGAAAAAAAACGCACAAAUUUACACAUGAUAAAUGAUUUGUGUUUUGAGGGAUGGGGGUUUUUGUGUGUGUGUGUGUGUGAUGUUGAAUAUGAAAUCCUUUGAAAGGUAUUUACACCUUUUUAUUUAUCCAUUUUUUUUUGUUUGUUUGGCAUCUGUUUUGUUCAAAUGUUAGUCUUGUCGUCAAAACAAAAAAGAAAAUACACAACUAUUUAAUAUAAUCUUUCUAUGUUAUAUGGAUGCGUAUGCAUAAUGCUUAUUCUCAAUGAAUUCACCUCCUCUUCCAUACUCCCCCGUCUCCAUCAUGACAACUAUACAUUUAUGUACUCAUUUCUUUCUUUUUUUUCUUUCAAUCCUAUUUGAAGAGAAAGGGAAAGUAUUUUUACUCCAUCUAGUCUGUUGAUUAAUAUAAGAGAAUGUAAUUAUGGUAAUGAUAGUUAUUCAUUUAUGGAUAUUAUUGUAUCCAUGUAAUGAAUUAGUUCGGUUAUUCAGGUAGUUUUGAUUACAAAUAAUUUACAAUUAUUAUCAAUGAUAUUUUAAUUUAAUUUUGUUGAUUAUUAAAAACUGAUUGCUCAUUGUAGGCUUUUUUUCAUUCCUUUCUUCUUUCCUUCUUUCUUUCCUUCUUUCUUUCCUUCCUUCCUUCCUUCUUUCUUUCUUUCUUUCUUUCCUUCCUCCCUUACUUCCUUUUUUUCUUUCUUUCUUCGUCUUCUUUUAUCCAAAAUAAAAUCCAAUCAGUGUUAUGUGUAUAUUGUAGGUGUACUUAUAAUGAUUUCAUUUUUAUACUGAUCCUCUUUAUUGUAUUCCCUUGUUGUUGGCCUGAUUUUCCUCAACUUCUAUACUAUGUGUAAUUUAAUUAGGCGAUUGGGAUUAUGUUCAAGUCAACUUUCAUUCAUAUAACAUACAAUAAUAUUAAUAAUGAACAAGUAGAAUAAAACAAUCUAUUUGUACAUAUAUCUAUAUAUUUAAUGUUAUUCUAUGUUUUUGAAAGUGAAAUGUGUUGUUUUUAGAUCAUGAUCUCAGCACAGAUACAGAAGGCUCGACUAGCUU